AUGUUGCUGACAGUUUUUCUUGCCACAACCCUAGCACAGCAGGCGUUCUGUCAGCAGAAUAAUGCCAACCCUAAAUGUUAUUACCCCAGCGGUAAACUCCAUGAAAAAGGAGUUCCGUGUCACAGCAGCGGAGUGAGCACUUGUUGCGAAGCAUCACAAACAUGCCUCAGCAACGGUCUAUGCUAUAAUACCGGCUCGAAUACGCUCAAUCGGUACUCCUGCACAGAUAAAGACUGGACAAGCGAGCUGUGUCCAAAAUUUUGUGAAGCCGCGUCCCGCGAAGCACCCAUCGAAAUCCGCCGGUGCUCAGGCAGUUCGGAUCUCUGGAUCUGCGGCUCCCGGUCAGACGAGUGCGGCAAGGGCAACUUCACACUGCCCAUGGGUCAGGUCGCUGACGGUCGCGCAUUCUCAGAAAACGGUGUGCUUCAGGCGGGAACAUGCAUCGCCGAUGCACCGAGUUCGGGCGCCCAACAGGGCGGCGGCAGCGGCGGCAGGCCAGGGGGGCCUCCACCGUGGAUAACCGCGGCAUGUGGCGCAACGACUGUUACCACGACAGCGACCGUGACCGCCGAUGCUGAUUCUGUCGCUGCGGUUGCGGCUGGUCAGUUGGAGGAGGAGCGGAGGAAGAGCCAAGAAAAGGUGGUUGCUGUGGGCGUGGGUGUAGGCGUGGGAGUUUCCGUGCCUCUUCUCGCUGCACUGGCAGGCAUGAUAUUCUUGCUCAUCCGGGUUCGCAAGGCAGCAGCUGCAGCCAAAGCCGCGCUCGCAGACGUACAGGGCCAGCGAAAUCGGCACCACCAUGGCUCAGAACUACCGUCGCACGCCGAGGACCCGAACGCGGUCUCGUCGCCGCAUAUCCUGUCUUCGCUGCCGCUGUAUGGUAUGACGCCCGCCAUGGAGAAGCACCACCGUAGGGUGCAUGAGGCCGGGAGUUUACCUUUUAUCAGUCAGCUGGGGGCGAGGCCCGAGGAGACGAACGUUGUUCACGAGGCGCCGUCGGGAUCGCCGACUGUCGUUUCUAUAACGCCAUUGUCCGCUGGCACCUCACCAGUUAAUGUUGUAUCGCCAGACAGUGUGCACACUCAGAAAGUGCUGUUUGAGCCGGGGGCACGGAAUCAUCGGCUCAGGUGA